AUGAUGAAAGUUGUGUUAAAGUUGGAAAUAAAUGAAGACAGAAUGAAGCAAAAAGCAAUGAAGGCAGUCUCUGGGCUUUCAGGGGUUGAGUCAGUUUCAAUGGACAUGAAAGACAAGAAAUUAACCUUAAUAGGAGAUAUCGAUCCAGUAUGUGUAGUUGCUAAGCUAAGGAAGUUUUGUCAUGCUGAAAUCAUUUCUGUUGGACCAGCUAAAGAGGAAAAGAAAGAAGAACCUAAAAAAAAGGAAGAUGAUAAGAAAGAAAAUGUGAUUAUUAAUCCUUUCAUGUUCUAUGGAACACAUGGCUAUUACAAUCAUCAAAUGAAACCACAAUACAAUCCUUAUUACAGUGCUGUUAGUGUUGAAGAGGAUCCUAAUAGCUGUGUCAUCAUCUAA